AUGGACUGUCACAGAUGGACAGAUCCGACUGCCACACAUUCCAGCACUACGUUCAUAAACACAAGUCCCUGCCACCCUAGCUCCUCCUGCUUGGAAGCAGAGCAGCUGCCCCUGAGGGUGCAAGCUCCCCAGCGCCUGUGUCACCAGGGCUGCAGCCCCUGGGCACAAGUGCUCAGCCAUCCCCUCUCAUCUCCGAGAAUAAACUCUGAAGCCAGUGGCUGUGUGGACCUGAAUCAUCGGGGAACCAGUCGGAGCAGGAGGAGUGACUGCCCAGGACAGGCAAGCAGACUAUAUAAGCUCAAGAGGGCUGGGCACUGCUCAGAUCUCUCCCCCAGCUGCUGCCCACCAGAGGCGCCUUCGGAGCAGCUGUCGUCGGCACCCACCAUGUCCCAGGCUGGCAGUGAGGAAGCGCCCACCAAGAAGAAGCGCCCCCCUGUGAAGGAGGAGGACCUGAAGGGGGCCCGAGGGAACCUGGCCAAGAACCAGGCCAUCAAGUCCAAGACCUACCAGGUCAUGCGGGAGUGUGAACAAGCUGGCAGCGCCGCCCCGUCCGUGUUCAGCCGCGCCCGGACUGGCACUGAGACCGUCUUUGAGAAGCCCAAAGCUGGACCUGCCAAGAGUGUCUUCGGCUGAGAAGUGCACACCACGCCCUGGACUCUGCCAACACCUAGACACGGGUCUUCCCAGGACACUGAUGCCAGAACUCCCCUGUUCCCCUGCCUCUGGGGCUGCCACCUCCCCCUUAGCCCUGGCCCCGCAGCCCAGGACUCUGCACCAGCACCUGGGAAACACCAAUAAAGAGGAUGCCCAAGUGGCCCCAGCAUU